GGGCCAUCGUGGAAAUGGGUGAACCUGGGGAUGCGCAGGGCUUGAUGGUCUGGGAGAAGCGCAAGCGCGUGAAGCCGACGAUAUUCCAGGUGGAGGACUAUGAGCCGAAAAAGCGGCAGACGAAGCCGGCGGCGAAGAAGCCUGCUCCUGCCAAGGCCAAGGCGACGAGCAAGGCGAAGAAGCAGGAGGACGAUGCCGAGGUCAAGCCAGCCAAGAAGGCCAAGACCAGCGCCAAGAAAGAACCAGCGCCCAGCAAGGGUCUCGAUAUCGCCGAGUUCAAGAAGCUCCUGGGUAGUCCGUUCUAUUUGGAAGAUGGCGCCGAGUGGCAUGGCACCGACAUUGACUUUGACGAGCUCGCGACGUUGCGAUCCAUGUGGCAGCUUCCGGCCGCGUGCCACAUUCUCUGGCUUCUCCAGCGACCACUCAACUUGAAGAUCUACGGCACGCUGCGCGAGUACGAAGCGGCGCUCCUCAACCCCGAGACGAGCGUCGUGCUUGAAGAGGUCUUUACAAAGCUGCUGCUCGCCAAGAAGGAACGCGACCGGCUGGCGCAAGGGGCUGGGCUCACGUACGACUGGUGGAACAAGCGACUGAAGGAGCAUUAUGCGGGCCGGUACCAAAAGCUGGCCAGUCUCAAGCGACGAGCCAACGCCACGUCCGGGUCGGACGAGCCAGUCGACGACGAGGACGACAACGAGGACGACGAAAACAAUAGCAACACGGGCGACGAGUCCGUCGACGAGACGCCCAAGCCUUCGCGUCGACUCAAGGAUUUGUCGGACGACGAGUGGGCGCUUCUGGACCGUCUUGGCGCAAGCUUGGGACUGCUCGGCGACAAAAACCCGCUUGAGACGCACGACUUUAAGGCUCUCGACCCACGCACGCGCUGCUUGGUCCUCCUCGACUUGUGCGAGUCGACCGUGAGCCACCCAUCCAACUUGGAGUACAUUCGCGAAAUGGAGGACGACGACUUGCGCGUGCAGCCCAUUGGCACGGACCGGGUCGGGAACCGGUACUUUUACUAUGCGCAGUUUUACCACGAGCGCCGCGUGUACCGUCUCUCGCCGGACGCCGAUGCGUCGUGGGAGCUCUGGGCCAAGGGGCUGGACACUGUCACGGCGCUGCACGACGCGCUGUUGCUGGCGACGAAGCGCGGCCGCCGUGUCGCUGGCGAGACCGAGCUCAUCGACCACGUGGAAGCGAUGCUGGAGAUGAUGCACAACGACGCCGCUGACAUGAAGCGUGAGGAAGAGAAGGCACUCAAACGCGCGAUUCUCGAGGCCAUGCCCCGCAAACGCUCAGCGCGCAUCCAAGUGCUCACGAUGGAAAAGUUUGAAGAAGAGCAGCAAGAGCGCGAAACACGCCUUGCGAAAGAGUCGGCCGAGGAAGAACGCCGACGGCACAAGGCGGAUGCCGCCACUGCCAAAGAAAUGGAGCGCAAGCGUCUCUUGACCGAAAUGGACCAGCGCCAGGCGUUGAAUACGGACCGGCUAACGCGGCGCCAGAAGAAGCUCGUAGAAGAAAAGGCGUAGCCACUUGCAAUCAAGUGCUGAUUGAGUCAUCUC